UACACUACAGAACCUGUCUGUGUACUCCCCAAUCUCUAUCUAGGAGCGGAACAUAACGCUACUGAUACCAAGACACUUCGGAGACUGGGCAUUACGUUUGUACUGAACGUGGCUAUCGAAAUCGCACGAGAGGAUUCUUCAUCGGCCUACUCAGUCACGACUGAGGAAGCAACCGUCCGUGGUGGUAUUACUUAUAGGAGUCUCUCCUGGAGUCAUCACCAAAAAAACCUUCUCAAUGACUUUCCAAAGGCAUUUGAACUGAUUGAUGAAUCUCUAGCCUGCAACAAUGGUCAAGGCAAGGCAUUGGUGCACUGUCAAUUGGGGGUAUCACGGUCAGCCAGCCUCGUGAUUGCUUAUGUCAUGCGAUCCCUGAACAUGGGACUCACUGAGGCAUACGACUUUGUGAAGCAACGCUCAGGUGUCAUCUCACCCAACAUGAGUCUGAUGUAUCAACUUGCAGAAUAUGAGAAAAGACUAAAGAACCCA